UUCCGGUGUGUCUGCCAUCAGAUCUUACAGAAUGGCUAUCAGGUAUCCUAUGGCCGUGGGCCUAAAUAAAGGCCAUAAAGUGACCAAGAACGUCUCAAAGCCCAGACACUCACGUAGGAGAGGGCGCCUGACCAAGCACACCAAGUUUGUCCGUGACAUGAUCCGUGAAGUUUGUGGUUUUGCUCCUUAUGAGAGACGUGCCAUGGAGUUGCUGAAAGUGUCUAAGGACAAAAGAGCUCUUAAGUUCAUCAAAAAGAGGAUUGGAACUCACAUCCGCGCCAAGAGAGAAGAACUCAGCAAUGUACUAGCUGCCAUGAGAAAAGCUGCGGCCAAGAAAGACUAAACUGUACAAG